AUUGUGUUCUGUGGUACUAUAAUAUCAUAGAGAAGUAUUAUAACCUCUUUACGUAGUGUAUAAAUCACAAAAACUACUUGCGCUGCAAUUUGCAUGUGAGCUUUUCAGGUAUAGAAUGUUGUUUUGUGGAUGACUAUAUUUUGAUGUGAAUUAUAUUAGGUAACUUGAGUUGUUGAAAAUUGUUUCUGAAUAAGUGAAGACAUUAUUUUAUAAUGCCUAAAGUUAAAACAGAGAAGAAAUCAAGAAUUCAUAAUGAAGUUGUUAAACAAGGUAUUCAAUUUAAUAAGGACUUUGGACAGCAUAUUUUGAAAAACCCUCUUAUAAUAACGUCCAUGUUAGAUAAAGCUGGAUUGCGACCUACUGAUGUAGCUCUUGAAAUCGGUCCGGGUACGGGAAACAUGACAAUAAAGUUACUUGACAGGGUAAAAAAAGUUGUGGCCUGUGAAAUUGACACAAGAUUAGUGGCAGAGCUUCAAAAACGUGUUCAAGGAACACCAUAUCAAGCUAAAUUACAAAUACUUGUUGGAGAUGUACUUAAAACAGAAUUGCCGUUUUUUGACAUCUGCGUUGCUAAUAUCCCUUACCAAAUUAGUUCACCCUUGGUAUUCAAAUUACUUCUACAUAGACCUUUCUUUAGAUGUGCGGUACUCAUGUUUCAACAAGAAUUUGCACAAAGAUUAGUAGCAAAACCUGGAGAUAAAUUAUAUUGCAGAUUGUCUAUUAAUACUCAGUUGCUAGCUCGAGUUGACAUGUUAAUGAAAGUUGGGAAAAAUAACUUCAAGCCACCACCUAAAGUAGAAUCUAGUGUUGUUAGGAUAGAACCCAGAAACCCACCUCCACCAAUCAACUUUAUUGAAUGGGAUGGUUUGACCAGGAUAGCAUUUGUGAGAAAGAAUAAAACUUUAGCAGCUGCAUUUAAACAUGCUACUACAAUGGCAGUCCUAGAGAAAAAUUAUAGAGUUCACUGUUCUCUUAACAACAAAGAUAUACCUGAAAACUUUGAUAUAAAGCAGAAAGUACAGGAAAUAUUGAUUAAUGCCGAAGCUGAUCAAAUGAGAGCUAGGACAAUGGACAUAGAUGAUUUCAUGAAAUUGUUACAUGCUUUCAACGCAGAAGGGAUUCAUUUUGCAUAGUACUUUUGAAAUUAUAGAAAGAAUAAAAUUUAUGUUAUGUACUAUUUACUGUUUGU